AUGUCUAGUUUUAAUUCCGGACCUGCUGGCACUCCCUUUGUGUCGGGUGAGCUUAAUAGUGCAAAGAUCCGAGAACUUAUGGAGAACGCCCAAAGAACUAUUGCUGAAAGGAAGUUGUCAUUGGGUUUGGGAAACAUCCCGGCUAAACCUCAGCUGAUACCCCAGGGGCUUAUUGCUGACCCAGAAACUGCUGAGAGAGCACGUCGGGCCGCUGAACUCGAAGCCAAGAUUGCGUCACGGUUCCACUCCCUUGUGACUAAGGUUUUGCCAACACCAAUCGAGGACUCCAGCAGGUUUGCUUUACUAGGUCUUUAUUCAAUUAAUGUUCGUAGACUAAAAAGUGCUGCUCGACCAAAGCGAAGUCUCUCAUUUUAUGAGCCAGGGAAGUUUAUUAAAAUUGGACAACGAAUGCGGACAAAAGCACAGUUAGAAAAGCUGCAGGAGUCGGUCGCUCAGGCGGCUAAACGCACUGGAAUCGCUAGUGCUGCAAAACUAGCAACAAUUCAACCCAAACGACAUGUUGAUGAAACGUCAGUUCCCAGUGUAGAAUGGUGGGAUGCGUAUAUUCUAAAGGAUGGUAUUACAAGUUAUGACUCCUCAAACGAGGGCCUUUUAGAACCUGCUUCGGCUGCUGCUUUGAUUAAUGAGUCUUGGAUUACCGAUCUAAUAGAACAUCCUAUAAAGAUGAAAGCUCCGACGGAGCUCCACAAGCCACCCGAAAUACCCCUACUUUUGACAAAAAAAGAGCGUAAAAAGUUGCGCCGACAAAACCGACAGGAAGCUCAAAAGGAGCGCCAGGAACGCGUCAGACUUGGGUUGGAAAAGCCUCCAGAGCCAAAAGUGAAAUUGGCUAACUUGAUGCGCGUGCUUGGUUCAGAGGCAGUCCAAGAUCCCAGCAAGGUCGAGGCAUACGUUCGCAAGCAGAUGGAGUCUCGAAAGAGGGCUCACGAGGCUGCGAAUGCGUCGCGAAAAUUGACAAAGGAGCAGGCUAGGUUCAAGCGCAUCCGGAAGAUUCGUGAGGACACCUCCAUUCGAACUCACGUAGCGGUGUACAGAGUUCGGGAUUUAACGAACCCCGCGCACCGCUUCAAGGUGGAGACGAACGCGAAUCAGCUCUUCAUGACGGGCUUGGUGGCAAUGCACAGUGAUUGCAACGUGGUUAUCGUGGAAGGGGGGCCGAAGCAACAGCGUCGCUUCAAACGUCUCAUGCUGCAUCGGAUCAAGUGGCUGGAAAACAAACGCGGCGUCGUUGAUUCGGAAGCUGCUAAUUCCACGCAUGCCCCCUGUACACUCAUCUGGGAAGGCACAGUGAAGCAACGCGCUUUCGAAAACAUGCAAAUGAAACUCUGUCCUACCGAGCUUUUUGCACGCGAACUCUUUCGAAAACGCGAUGUAGAGCAUUACUGGGACAUGGCUUACAGUGGAGCUGUCAUGGAGUCUGUCGGAGACGCAGUUCCAGUACAGGAGAUCCUAUUGACGCGUCGCGUCAGGCAAGAUCGUCCUCUUGACACUUGGCAACUGAUACAUGUCGUAGUGCUCUGUGCAGGAUACCUCUCCUGGAGGCAGAUCAGCGUCAAUCGAUACGAGGAGUUCUUUUCAUUAUAUUCCGUUAAUCGUGACAUCCCUGCCAGCUGCGAUUCGUUCUCCAAGCGUCCCGUCAAUCUAUCCAACGUGACGUCAGACUACGUAUCCACUGCAAGUCUUUGGGUUGAGUGUGUGCGCUGCAAGAAAUGGCGUUACCUUGAGGGCCUCGUGGACCCUAGUGAAGUGGAGGAGUCCUGGCAAUGUGAUAUGCAUCCGCGGGUUGCAAAUGGCGAAGUCAAGGUGGAGGAAGCUUGUAACGAACCGGAAUACGGUCUCUCAGAGGUUGAUGAGAGUCAAUAUGUUUACGGAGAAUUCGGGACUGGAUCAGUUGUAUUGGCAAAAAUGCCUGGCUAUCCGGAGUGGCCCUCUAUGAUUGACUGCGACGCGGAGGGUCGUUUUGCGGACUUCUGCCCCGAAACAGGGCAUGUAAAGCGUUAUCGCGUCGUCUUUCUUGAUCCUAAUCAACCAACUACACAGCUUAUUCCUGCUUCAAAGGUUCGAAAAUUUGCUAAUGUCUGCGAAAUUAAACUAGAAAAGAAGAAGGUGCCCACGGCGAACACACGGAUGUGCUUGGCCUGUACUCGAAUGAACGGUCGCACCGCCUGUCACAUGUACACCAUGGUGACCUCGCAAUGCAUUGAGCUCAGUCUACUCGAGGUUGAGCAGAAGUCUGCUCGCGUCCUCUACGACUCCUACAUAGCUCCACGCCGACGCCAGCAACAAUCUGCUGGGAUGGCAUUCGUGUCUGAAAACUCAAACGAUCAAAAUGGCACUCGGCGUGACCUCCUUCAACUUCUUACCGGCAUGCUGGAACAGUUGGUAGAAAUGAAAGAAACAGGCAGCAGUAAAGAGGCACUGCUGGCGGCUCUCGGUGCGAAAAGGCAACCUCUGAGCCAGCCAAGGUCGAAAUUCUCAAAGGGUAGAGGUACUUGUGUCAGGAACUCAUCAGUGUCAUCAAUUCAACGGGAAAAUAGCAACAUCGCGGAGGACAAAUUAGGCCAAUUUGAGCAAAUUAGUAUUCUGGACGGAGCCGAGACACCUUACAAACCACCAGCCCUUAUCUCCUCCACAUUUUUUUUCAAACCAGGCACAUGGAUCGAGUGCGUCAAGUGUAAGAAGUGGAGAUACGUUGCGGAAAUUACGGACCCAAGUGAAGUCCCCACCGACUGGUCCUGUGGCCUCCAGUUAAAGUGGCAGAUGACCGACGACAAACACGACCCUUGCCAGGAAUCAGAAGAUGAGUCAUCUAAACACAUCGUAGAUGCGCACCCCUAUGUCUACAACGAGUUCACUGCUGGCUCCGUUGUUUGGGCAAAAAUGCCAGGUAAAUUGCCGUCCCCAUUCAUUUACACGUACGUCUUUUGCUUAGUUGUAGCCAUGAAGGUAAAAAUUGUGCAUAACUCCCAGAAACUCUUUAAUGUCAAUGUCACUGAAAAGACGACUAUCACCGAGAUAAAGCAGGCCAUUAGUCGGCGCAUCCUCAUACCACCCAAGGAUCAAAUUCUUACUCUACAGGGAAUUUUCCUUGAGGAUUCACACCCUCUAAGGGAUUAUCAACUGCCCAAACUCGAUGUCGUUGUCCCGCUUGAGCUCUACUUGCGCGCAAGCUACAAAAAACCCACUCACGUCAAAAUCUCUCUCUCCGCCGAUCGCACUCUAACCAUGCCGAUUCGUCUAGACGCCAAAGUGAGUGAACUGCGGUCAGCUAUCAAAUCAAAGUUUCCGGAAUCCGUUAACCAGCUGUCUGAGAUGGUCCUGCUUUUUGACCACUGGUUAUUAGAUGACAAUGAGAGCCUAGAAGCUUAUGGAAUCAAACGAGAUUCUUGCAUUGUCGUCGCUAGACGCCUUCCUGGUAGCUACCCUUCAAUCACCAGCUAUGAUUAUAUUGAGGACAUUCAACCGAAGUUGCCAUCACAGGACGAUGAGAUGUCUAAAUUGAAGGUGCACAUUUCAGCCAACAAUGUCGAUCCCCUUACAUUAUACCUGGAUCGAAAUUCCACGCUCCAAGAGGUAAGUGAAGAGGUCGAACGAGAAACCGGUGUCCCAAUCAAUCAUCAGCAGUUUUCACUUAAAAAAGAUCUCCCUCAUGUUUCUGACUUGUCCAGAAGUCUGGAGGAUUUGGGCCUUAAUGACGGCGACACUCUGCACCUGGUAGACACUCGGUCGACCAAUACUAUUGCCACAGAAGAGCCGAAAAAUUCUGAGUCUGCAACAAUGUUGAUCCAAUUUAAGGACCCCAACAAUACAUUCUUUAUUCAGUUGGCUCGUUACCCUUGGUGGCCAGCGAUGGUUGAUCUGAACGCCAGAGGCCGAUACGCGGACUACGAUUUGGUGACCCACAAAGCUACCCACUACCAGGUGGUAUUUCUUGAUCCUCACGUCAUGACUACCAAAAGGCUCGCGGCCAACCAUCUUCGGAAAUAUGUGUCUGGGAAGAUUAUCCAUGGUCACAUUCGGAAAGGGAAACAUUGGCCGCGAAUUCAAAAAGCUAUUGCAGAAGCAGAAGACGCCUUGAAAUUACCCAUCCAGACAAGGAUUGAGGUCUAUGGGUACCGCUACGAAAAUACUGACGAUUCAAGUGGUAUUCAAUUCCAGCCAAUCGCAAACAACAUUAACCAGGCAUAUCAAUGGACGUCUAGGCCGAAACGCCAGAAAAAGGUCAGUCCUACGGCGCAAGGGACAAAACCCGGAGGCAAACGGAAACCUGGUACAAAUAUUGCAGUUAAGAAGACGGGAUGUUCAACCAGAAAUCAAGAAUGCACUGGCAUGACUGACGUUGUCACAAAUGAAGCAGACUUUACUCCAGGCUCAUCCCAUCAGGGUGACUCAACGCCGACAUUGAGGAAUGAACUGCAGGAUGAUGGUACAAGUGUUGCCUUUGAUGAAUCCCCUUCAUUUCUCAACCCUCCAAUGUUUGCAGCGAAUUCAGUUUAUCGAAUUGCCGACGCUUCUGUCCCUGAAAAGUCUUGUGAUGCCUCUCCAGCCACAUUCAUCCAGUGUACCAAACCACCUGAAACCGGAUUUAGCUCCGUGAUAAACGUGUCGCCAACUUUAUCCCAAGAAACUACCUUGGAAAAUGACAACAGCUCUUCCCCUACGCCACCGCUAACUCUUUGGUCAAGCCAAGAGCAGCCAUUCGCAGUGACCGAAUUCCUCAAAGACGCCAUUCAGUCAAGGCUAGAAGAAAGUGUCUCGUUAACUAAGAAAGUUAGUAUGAUCUUAACGGGGUUACCUUUGCACCUCCAACUGAAACCCUCAGAAAACUAA